GGGAUGUUCAUGCUGGUACCCGCCCUCUCUUGACUCUCUUCGACUGCCAUCUGUUAUGUUGCCGCCGGUUGAAGACGCCAACUCUGAGGAUCCCACCAGUCAAAUACCAUGGCCAUCCAGAUCAAGACUUCGGAACGACCUUGAACCUUCCCCUGCUGGACUCAACGAGACUUCGGAAAUUCCGGAACAUGGGAAUAACACGAAAGAUCCCGCCAAACCCAAGAUGACGAAACGGAGGUUAACGACAUGGAACCUCAUAACUCUCAGCGUUUCAAUGCUUGGUGCACAGAUUGUGUGGACGGUGGAGUUGGGUUAUGGAACACCGUUUCUUCUCUCUCUCGGAUUAACGGAACAACUCACAUCACUGGUAUGGCUGGCUGGACCAGUCAGUGGAUUGAUUGCACAACCGGUCAUCGGUGCCAUAUCCGACUCCUCUUCUUCAAAGUACCGUCGUCGGUACUGGAUCGCAACCUCUACCGUUGUCCUCGUGAUAUCGACUUUCGUCCUUGCUUACUGCCAAGAAAUUGCUGCUUUCUUUGUGGAUCUACUUGGUGUCGGAGCUGGAGAUUGGGACGAACAUCGUAAUAAGCAGGCAAUCAACACAGCGAUUGGAUUAGCGAUCGUGGCGUUCUACCUUCUCGACUUCGCCCUGAAUGCACUGCAAGCUUCACUUCGGAAUCUUCUUCUCGACAUCACCCCCGCUUCACAGCUGAACUCGGGGAAUGCAUGGCAUGGCAGGAUGACUCAUGCCGGAAAUAUCAUUGGGUUCGGAUUUGGCUUUCUACCUUUGGACAAGCUUCCUCUCAUAAGGCUUCUCGGAGGAACCCAAUUUCGCAAGUUUUGCGUGCUUUGUAUCGUCAUCCUCGUCAUCACAGUUUGGAUGACUUGUGUUUUUCAUGAGGAGGAAGAGAGGACUGCUGUCAGUAGUGUUCAACCAAGCAAAUUCCGGGAAGUUUUGUUCAACAUCCGCACCGCUAUCGUCAAUCUUCCUCGUCCUAUCCGCCGAGUAUGUUAUGUACAAUUCUUUGCUUUCAUGGGAUGGUUCCCUUUCCUUUUCUAUUCGACUACUUACAUGGGUCAAAUUAUGGCUUAUGAACUAGAUAAAGAACCGGAUCCCGAUCUCGCGACCCGAACGGGGGAGCUUGCAAUGUUACUCUACAGUAUCGUUGCUGUCGUUGCCGGGACAAUUCUUCCUCAUCUAGCAAAUCGCGAUCGGCGUUUGAUGGCACACAAGACCGAUGUCAACGAAGAUGCCGAACUAGCUCGACUGAGGGAUACCGUUCGCCAAUGGAGGGUUGAGGCUGCACGGAAAGGAAAACCCUUACGCCUUCCUGUCAUGCCGUUCCUUCUGCGCAACAUCUGGACUGGUGCCCUCGUCCUCUUCUCCCUGCUAACCCUCUCAACGUUCUUCAUCAAGACAGUCGCUCAAGCAACGGUAUUCAUCGCACUCGUCGGGAUAUGUUGGGCCGUUGCAAUGUGGGUGCCUUUUGCAAUCAUCAUGGAGCUCCUUAAAGAAGUAUCUUCCAACUCUCCGGCGCAGACUCCAAGGCAGACACACAGUCGCACCAUCUCGACGCCGGGAUUACCCCGUCGUUCACUAACUGAUGACGAUGGUCAUGGUGAACGUCGACCACUUCUUCGGCGUCGCUCUCUCAACGAGUACGAGACCAGUCCGGACGAAUUAGCCUUAGAAAAACCACUUGCAGGCGGGACAAUUUUGGGAGUACAUAAUCUUGCGAUUGUUAUACCUCAGUUUAUGGUAGCUCUUGUCACAAGCGUCAUUUUCCGUAUCGUAGACGGCGGUCGUGGAACUCCUACAGAGGAUGAGUCAACUUACUACGGCAAGAAUGGGGUAGCUUGGGUAUUACGAUUUGGUGGUUUUUGCACACUAGUUGGGGCGCUUCUUGCUCGGAGAGUGUCCCCUACACCAACGGAGAAAGCGAUGCGAAGGAGACUUGGCGAAAUGAAAGUUCUUCAGGAGGAAGGCCCUUAAUCUACUAAUCACAAUCAUUACUAUGUGGCUUGCGUUCCGUUGCUAUGGACUCUUUCGCAUGUAUUGGAUCAAUCUAAUCUGGCUAAUCUAUAUCCAUAUAAAUCACUCGUCGUUGGUCCAAAUUCGGUGCAUCUCUUUUUUGAAAGGCUCCAGCGAAAAUUCAAGCGCCGAACAAGGGUAUUGAAU